CCCACCCAUCACGCGCCCAAAAUGUCGACAUGUAGAACGCUCCUCCGAACCAGCUGCGCGCAACGGCAACCCUCCCUCCUGCCCCUCCUCCAAUCGCGGCACGAGUCGACUACACGGCGCCACAAGAAGCUGCUCGCCCUCCCCGAAGCGCCCUCAUACACACCCGACCGAGCAGCCCCCACACUGAUCUUCAACCCGCCCUCCUCCGCCCCAAACGUCUACCACACGCCGCUGAAGUUCCUGCCCAAGCACGACAAGCGCCGCCAACUCUACUCCGCCGCACAAAUCUACUCCACCACCAGCGCGCACCGCCGCCAGACCUCCCCCGUCGCUAGCCCCGGCACCCCGCUCUCUGCCUCCUCGCUCCUCCCGCCCCGGCCCUCCGCCGCUUUACCAGCGCCCGUACGCACGCCGUAUGACAAAACGUAUAAUGUUACCGAGGAGGAUGUCCAGAAGAUACGGCAGCUGAGGGCUGAGGACCCGAUUAAGUGGACAAGGGUGAAGCUUGCGGAGAAGUUUGGGUGCAGUCAGUUCUUCGUGGGGAUGGUGGCUAAGGCGGCGGAGAAGGCGGUUAAGGUGGAGGCGGAGCAUGAGGCGAUGCGGAGGAGGUGGGGUGAUAGACGUAGGGAGGCGAGGGAGGACCGGCAGAGGAGGAAGGUGCUUUGGGGGAGGGAUGCGUAGAUGGGUUGUGGGGAUGAGGGGUGUGGGAAGAGGUGGAUGUAGAAUUAUGGAAUGGGAUCACGAGGGGAUGGAGGGAUGGCGAGGGAGCGGUGUUCCUCCGUGUGUACGAAAACUUUGAAUGUGACAUUGGUGUACGAUAGCUGCACCUUUUUUAUGCAAGAUUGGGCGAGCAUCUUUCUACGUGUUCUGGAGAUUGUACGUCGUUGUAUGCAUACAGUCGGUUUCGCAAUGAAAUAAAAAUGUACAUCCUAUAUCGACCCACGCGUGUGUUCCACCUA